GAAAAUUUACGCAAAAUGAAGUGCCUUUGUUUAGUUCUGGCCGCCGCGGCUCUCGUGAACGGAUAUUCUGUGGCUGACAACGAGGUGGUGGAGACGCCUCGGCUGCAGAGCAGUGACGAGUUGCUCGAUAGUGUAGUGAGUGACUGUUUCCAGGCGGAGUCCUCCACUGGCUGCCUGAAGACCAAGGUGCUGUCAUUCUUGGACACGAAGCUAGGAAUGACAACGGAGUCGGCGCGCGCUUUCGAGGAAAACAACAUCGACAAAGUGAUAUUCGACCGCGUGGGCAGGAUCCUGAACAGCCAUGAGUUCAGGGUGCGGCUCCCGGAGUUCAUCUUCCAGAGCGCCGAGGUCACGUACCGCGCCGACCGCGGGCUCGACGUCGACUUCCCGGAGGAAAGCGAAGUUGACGGCAACGGUGAAGCUCGCGGCAUCCUGAAGAAGAAGCUGCUGCUGCCAGUUCUUCUCCUCCUGAAGCUGAAGAUGAAGGCUCUGAUGCCGAUAAUGGUGACGAUGAUCGGCAUCAAGGCCAUCAAGGCGCUGAUUCUGAGCAAACUCGCCAUCGGACUGGUCGUCGGAUUCCUCGUCUACAAUCUGCUGCAAGCGAAGAAAGGAGCCGGCAUGAUGAUGAUGACGCCAACUGACGCGCCCCCCGCGUCCCAGUACGGGCCCCCGGCCUCCCAGUACGGUGCCCCCUCCACCCCCGCCGCCCCCGCUGACUCAUACAGCCCGCAAUGGGAGCCAGCCAGCUCCGGCCCUUACGCCCGAGUCUGGGACCCCUCCCAGCUCGCCUAUAGCUCAUACUACCCUGGUGACUCCAGCUCAGGCUCCAGCCAGUCGCCCAGCUACUCCAGCGUGGCUUCCAUCUCGUCUUCUGUCUCAUCAUCAUCGGCCACUUACUGAAGACCUCCAUGUAAAUAACCACGAGCACCGCAAGGGAAGUUUUCCCGUUAAUACAAACUGUACAUAAAAGCACGCACGAACGAAAGGCUAGGGUUUAGAACUAGUUAUUUAUUGAAACGAUAUUUAUUUUCUAUUUAUUGAACACAAUAAAGAACUGUUGUUUUUU